GCACUUCUCACUUGUAUGCAGCAAACCGGAACAGGCUGCUGAGUAGGUCGGCUUUAAAAAUGAUCAAAUCGCACACAGGGUGAAGAGAAAAAAAAGCUGAUGUUUAAUGGAACUUCUCAAUGGAUGUGAAACGGAAGAGCUGUAAUGUGGACAGAAAUAUCAUGGAUAUUAAGGAGGAGAACUGUGAGUUGGAGUCCAUCUACCUUAAACAGGAAAGUCUGUGCAUUAAGGAGGAGAACGGUGAACUGCAGGCAGUGGGCAUUAAAGAAGAUGAAGAAGAGAGGUCCAUCAGUAUUGAGACGUUUAACCAUACAAAUCUGGACAGUGUAAAAGAAGACGACCUUCAUGAUAGUUGUCAAGAUGGAGUGGUGACCAGGUUAGACUCUUCUCAACGCAGACAAUGUUCAUCUCCAGAGCCAUCUGUCAAUGUGAAGACUGAAUCAUUACAGUCUAAAGCAAAGAGGACUGAGAAAUCUACAUCUGUUAGAACACAGGAAAAUCGGCCAACAUCUACAAAGAAGUCUGUAAAAAGAAACAAAGAUCAGUGCAGUUUGGAAUCUGGAAAAGAAUUCUGUGGCAGGAGUGCUCAUCAGAAACACCCUAGAGUUCACACUGGAGAGAAGUCAUAUUGUUGUACUGAAUGUGGUAAACUGUUUUCAAAAAUGAGCAUUCUGCAGAGACACACUAGAGUUCACACGGGAGUGAAGCCAUAUUGCUGUAAUGAAUGUGGUAAACCGUUUUCAGAAAUGAGAAAUCUUCAGAGACACACUAGAGUUCACACUGGAGAGAAGCCAUAUUGCUGUAAUGAAUGUGGGAAACUGUUUUCACUUUUAAACAGUCUUCAGUGCCACACUAGAGUUCACACAGGAGAGAAGCCAUAUUGCUGCACUGAAUGUGGUAAACAGUUUUCACGUAUGAGCAGUCUGAAUGACCACACUAGAGUUCACACUGGAGAGAUGCCAUAUUGCUGUAAUGAAUGUGGUAAACAGUUUUCACUUUUAAACAGUCUCCAGAAACACACUAGAGUUCACACGGGAGAGAAGCCAUAUUGCUGUACUGAAUGUGGUAAACAGUUUUCACAAUACCAGAAUUUGCAGAAACACCCUAGAGUUCACACCGGAGAGAAGUCAUAUUGCUGUACUGAAUGUGGUAAACAGUUUUCAAAAAUGAGCAUUCUUCAGAGACACACUAGAGUUCACACUGGAGAGAUGCCAUAUUGCUGUAAUGAAUGUGGUAAACACUUUUCACGUAUGAGCAAUCUGAAUGACCACACUAGAGUUCACACUGGAGAGAUGCCAUAUUGCUGUUCUGAAUGUGGUAAACAGUUUUCACAAAUAAGCAGUCUUCAAAGCCACUCUAGAGUUCACAGUGGAGAGAAGCCGCAUUGCUGUAAUGAAUGUGGGAAACAGUUUUCAGAAAUGAGCAAUCUUCAGAAACACACUCUAAUUCACACUGGAGAGAAGCCGUAUUGCUGUAAUGAAUGUGGGAAACAGUUUUCACUUUUAAACAGUCUUCAGAGACACACUAGAGUUCACACGGGAGAGAAGCCAUAUUGUUGUAAUGAAUGUGGUAAACAGUUUUCAGACAUGAGUAGUCUUCAGACCCAUACUAGAGUUCACACUGGAGAGAAGCCAUUUUUCUGUAAUGAAUGUGGUAAACAGUUUUCACUAAUGAGCAGUCUUCAAAGACACACUAGAGUUCACAAUAGAAUUAUAAGGGUAGCAGUUCAAAAAUCAGUUCAGAAAAACAAGCACCCUUCAGUACCCGAGAGUGAGGUUCACUCCUGAUCUGAAAAGUAAGCAAACUAAACUAUUGUUGACAAACUAAUCUCUGAGAGAAGCCAUAUUACUGAUUGUAAUGUGGCAAACAAAUCUGUUACAGGAGUUCUCUUCAGAGACGCACCAGAAUUCACACUGGAGAGAAGUACAACUGAACAGUCCUGACUAAAGAGUGAGGUUCACUCCUUCCUGGACAGUAAGCACAUGUAACUGAAUGGAAUCCAUCCUACUUGCUGUUGUGUCAGAAACAAAUUAACACAAUGGAGAAUCAGAAGUUUAUUUUGUUUCUGGAAAAGGAAAAACGACAUAAAGAACAUGGCGUCAUACAAACCGCUUCUCACCAACGCCCCUACAGCCUCCAUCAUGGGCCUAGCUCUGCUUUCAUAACAUACAUAUUACAUAUAGAACUAUCUAUACUAAUAAAAGGCAAAGCCCUCACUGACUGACUGACUGA